AUGCCACUGAUGGUAGUGUGGAAAGGUUGCAGAUCUAACGAAAAUCCAAAUUCCUUUAAUGUUUCAAGGGAUACUACACUACAUGAUGAACCUCCGAGCGGUUCCGGCGAAGUGCAUCUGCAGGUGAUUCCUCUCCGCUUCCGCCGCCGCGGCGUCUGCGUCGGCUGGCGGAGCGCUCCCAUUGGCGGAAACGCCUCCGCCUGCUGGUCUCUGGACGACGUCGCAUUGGCUACCCACGAGUCCUCGUCUGAACCAAUCAUCGACGACUUCGACCCCGUGGAUCCUUCUCAUUGGUUCUUCUUCCCGGGGGCGAGUGUAAAGGAAUACUGCUCGUCGGAGGGCAACAGCCUGGUGUUCGAGGGCGAGGACGCGGCCUCGUGGCUCAGCACGCGCCUCCUCGACCUGUCCGCCGCGCCGCCGCCCGAGGACGUCGCCGUCAGGCAGCGCUUCCUCGACUUCAUUCCUCACGGAUGGGAGGUGACGGGCGGCCUUGUGGCGAAAUGCGGCAACGAGGCUUCCCUGGUGAUGGCAGGCGGCGGCCGCCGCAGAGUGUGCUCGCCGUUUCUGGACGCGAGAAACAUUGGCACUGUGGCACUGAAGAUGCAGCUCGGGGAGUGCCACACCUCACACAGCCAGCGGGUGAGUGUGGACGUGUUUGCAGAGCAUGGCACCUUUCGGACGCUGCUGAGGCACUAUCUUCUCUCCUGGACUCUGGAUACCUACACUAUACCCGUGCAAAAGGAAAACCAGCUUCACCAUACCAGGUAG